CCGUGACUUUAUAAAGAGCCUGGCAGUGAGUGUGUGAGGCAGAGGGCAGAGACUGGCUGAAAGGAAGGGAAACUCACACAGUCCUGUGUCUGCGAGAGUGCUGGGCUGCAGAGUUUAACCUGUGUACGCACUUCACCUUUGGAUUAAAACAGAAGGAGGAUUUUUUCAGACUGAAAUAAGGCGAGAGAUGAUGAGGCUGAUGCUGGCGGUCGGUGCAGUGCUCCUCCUGCUGGUGGAGGGAAGUACGGCGGCAGGAACUCUGCUCCGGAGCAGGAGGGAGCUGGCCAGCCCGCUGCACGUGGGGGGCAUCAGGGACCCUUACGGCUCGUACUGCGAGCGGAGAGGAGGCUGCUGCGAGGGCCGGAAUGACCAGUGCACCGUGCCUUACCUGGACACCAUUUGCUACUGUGACCUCUUCUGCAAUCGCACCAUUUCUGACUGCUGCCCGGAUUUCUGGGGCCACUGUCUGGGAGUGCCCCCUCCGUACACGGGUAUUUGUGAAAGAAACGGCCACAGGUUCCAUUCAGGGGCGACCUACAAAGAAAACUGCAAUUUAUGUACAUGUGGGCCGAAUGGGCAGUGGGAUUGUGAGCAGAAUGCCUGUUUGAUGGAAGCUGACAUGAUUCAUGCAGUGAACAGAGGAAACUAUGGCUGGAGAGCAUCUAACUACAGUCAGUUUUGGGGGAUGACACUGGAUGAGGGGUUGCGGUACCGUCUCGGCACUAGGAGGCCUUCUCGAGCCAUCAUGAGCAUGAAUGAGAUUCAGAUGAAUAUGGAUCAUAAUGAACAUCUACCCAGUUACUUUAAUGCUGCUGAGAAGUGGCCAGGAAAGAUCCAUGAGCCUCUUGACCAGGGCAACUGUGCGGCAUCAUGGGCUUUCUCUACAGCAGCUGUAGCAUCAGACCGAAUUUCUAUUCAAUCUAUGGGUCACAUGACUCCUCAGCUAUCGCCCCAGAAUCUGAUUUCCUGUGACACGCGGAACCAGGGAGGUUGUGCUGGGGGGCGCAUUGACGGGGCUUGGUGGUUUCUGAGGAGAAGGGGGGUGGUAACAGAGGAGUGCUAUCCGUUCUCUGCACCCCAGCACACCCCCGCUGAGGUGGGCCGCUGUAUGAUGCAGAGCCGCUCAGUGGGCAGAGGGAAGAGACAGGCCACAGCGCGCUGCCCCAACAGCCACACCUACAACAACGACAUCUUCCAGUCCACCCCACCCUACAGACUCUCCACUAACGAGAAGGAGAUAAUGAAGGAGAUCAUGGAUAAUGGGCCUGUGCAAGCCAUUCUGGAGGUCCACGAGGACUUCUUCACAUACAAGAGUGGAAUCUACCGACACACAAACGUCAACUACCACAAAGCGCCGCAGUACCGCAAUCACGGGACCCACUCUGUGAGGAUCACAGGAUGGGGAGAAGAAAGAGAUUACACUGGGAGAACACAUAAGUACUGGAUCGCUGCCAACUCAUGGGGCAAGAACUGGGGAGAGGAUGGCUACUUCCGCAUCGCAAGAGGAGAAAACGAAUGCGAGAUCGAGGCCUUCGUGAUUGGAGUGUGGGGCAGGGUAACCAUGGAGGACAUGCACAACCACCAUCACGGCAGACGCAAAUAGAGAAGCGCAGUAGAGUCUGCCUCUGAUCCCUGACCCCUCCUCCCUGUGAGAGCCGUGUACACCUCAUUGCCAACAAACACCAAAUACUCAGUCAGAAGAGCGGGAUGUGGUUUCCAUCAAAGCCAUUAAAUCCAGUAUCCAGUGAUAUUCCUGCAGUAUCUGUUUAACUAUGUUCAAAAUGCCAGUGCCGUUUAAGACUAACCAGCGCAGUCUGCAGAGCUUCUGAUGCAAACAUGUUACAGCUAUCAAAACCAGCUUUGCAUCCAUUUCUUUUCUAUGCUAAAAGAGAAGCAAUGCAAAACAGUUUCACAUCGCUUUUUAUGUACCAAAGGGUAAGCGUCGGUUUUUGUUGGUGGAAACCUGUCCCUGAGUGUUCCCCACUGGCCCUCUGCUGGCCACAGAACUCCAUUACAAACCACUCAGGUUCCCAGGUUCUCUUCAGUUCAAUGACCACAGUUCACCUCACCUAGUCUAAAGUGUCCGUUUUUGAUUACAAGAAUGGCUCUACUUUUUAUUGUGUUUUUUUUUUUAGUUAUUUCAUUUUAUUUGAUUUUAGAUUUGCAGUUCAGAACAGAACAGGAUCAGGGGAUUAGAACAGAAAACGGAUUGGCUGAAAGGAGGUCGUUUUACCCCAAUGCAAAACAAUAACACCUUUCCUGUGUGUAAACAGUGUACAUACAUUCCAGCAUUGAUGCAAAGGUAUACACUGGAAAAGGCAGCAAACACGGUGAGGGAGUGGAUUAAGAGGUUGAAUUUAUGACAGAUUAUUUAUUCUAAAAUUCCCUAGAACUGUUUUUACAAUUAAAUUCUUUGUGGUUGUGUAUUUUUUUCCUGAAAAAAAAUAUGGUUGCAUUAGUUUUUUAUAUAUCCAUUAUAGAUCAAUUUAGCCCAAAAGCAACAAACCUCUUUUCACCCAUGGAACAGAUAUGAUAAUGACUGAGGAAUUAAUUUAAGACAAUAAUUAAAAUUAAAAACACAAGAGUAUGAGUCGAGCAUGGCUGCUUUUCAGUCACAAAAAAGUGCACCUAGAAUCCAGAUUUUGUACUGAAAUUCUGUAGUUUCAAAACAAUGCUACAAUUUAUAUGAAACAUAGAGUUUCUUUAAUUCAGGAACAUCAUAAAAUAUAUGUUUUAUGAUCAAGUAUGCUUUCUAUGUACCAUAUGGAUAAAGGAUCUAAUAUUUUCUUAGUUAAACAAGGCAGUUAAUAAAAGUCAAUAAAACCCAGUAAAAUAUGCAAAGUGGGAUUUCCUUAGAUAGUUUUAGAAUACACAACCCCCUCUAAUAGUCUUUUAUUGUGUAAACUAACAAUGUGCGUAAUCAAUGUCACUUUACUUAUUUUCUUGUUACUUUUAACCUCUGAGUAUUUAAAAAAAAAUCUGAAAAUAUAAAUGAAAUAUGAGAAAAUAAUAUGAAAUAUUUUCAAAUAGCAAUGGUGUAAAUGCUACUAUGGGUGAAAAGAGAACGUGAGACCACUGAGUAUUGGGAUUUAGGAUUGUAGAAGAGUAUAUUAUUUUUAUUUUUUACUUUUAGGAUGUUUAGAGAUUCUUAUUAUUUUUUUAGACUACAAGCAGCCCUUCCCUCUGCUGGAAAUCAUCAAACCAUUCCAUCAAAUGAACUUCAAAAUUAUGCAGAUAUUGCACGAGACACUUUUGUUUUUGCCCAUCAGGACCCUUCAAUUGAGUCAAAAUCCCCAAAACAACAACAAACUAAUAAAAUGUUUUCACCCAUAUAUGGGAAAGAGCUGUGUGGUCAGUUUCACAGCAUUAUGUUUUACAUUAAGCUUGAGUGUCAGCUUUUCACUGUAUAUUAUGCUCAGUCUUCCUUAUCGUUGUUAUUAUUAUCAUCAUCAAAGAGCACACAGGCCACAGCAGCAGCGGCACAGUUGGAUUAGCAUAAAGGCUAACUGAAGCGUUUAUGUAUACAGGGCUUCUCAAAGCAAACACAGCUGCUGACUUUUAAUGUGAGGUCAUUAGCUGCUGCUGAGUCACUCCCAUAAUCCACCGCAGGUGGUCACAUGAUGGCCAUUAUCUUGAAGUAACCUGUAGGUGCAUGUAUUCAUCACCUGUGAUAAAUCUUGCUGUUUUGUGUUUUGCUAGAGUCUGCUGAGCUACCCUGACAAACCCUCUGCUACUGAAAACAUUCCCCUAUUUAUUACAGAUGUAUUGUGACCAUCAUAAACUAUGUUACAGACAGAAACUUGACUUUUCCUUUCAUGUAGUGACUUAGCUAAUUAACUUAGGGGUGGGUGAUUCCAGUCCUGGAGGGCCAGACUCUGCUCAGGCACACCUCACUCACCUCACCUGUUAAUUGCCAGAUUUAGUAGGGGUGCGUCCCAAUUUCAUAUUUUUCUAACUAUAAGGCACACUGAUAUGAGGCACACUAUCAAUGAAUGUCUAUUUUCUGGUCUGUUUUCGUACGUAAAGCUUAGAUUUCCAGAUUUCCCAGGCUGGGUGCAGCAGCAUUAGCAUUAGCAGCCAACCGCUAGCGCUAGUAAAUGCCGCCCGAUAGCACACAGAGGAACCCUAAGUGCUCCGGUAAACCAGGCUUUAACACUGUAAACACACAGGCCACAGUGCGAUAUAUUGACCUCUGAUUAAAGAAAGUGCUAGCAUUUAAUGUGGUUAAUGCUAAAUCUCCUUUCGUCUUGGUAUAAUGCUGUACUUCAGCAGAGUGGUUUUACUGCUCCUUACAACCUGACUGGUAAAAUUAGUAAAAAGGAUUUUAAGCCUUUUAAGGCCUUAUGGUGCGAAAAAUUAUUAAUACUGACCAAGUUGAACGAAUGUAAAAUAUAAAGUAUGUGAUAAAGCUGAGUAUACUCAAAUAUCCAAGAUACAAAAUCAGAACUUGAUGUCAACUGUUUUUCAUUAUCCAUUGUAACACUUUACAAAUUUAGUUGCAUUUGCUUACAGAAACAUUAAUGUCUGUAAAGACUCUGCUACACAUUUACCUGUCUAAGCAUUAUGAGGGUUCUUCCAGAGUUGUUGAUUGCCAGCUGAAAUAUGCACAAUAAACAAUUACAUUGUUGUUUUUAAGAUAAAAUGUGUACUUAAUAUAUUAGAUAACUCUUGAUUAAAUGGGAGGAAAAUAUAAGUCUGCUGUGCUGUCUGAACAUUUAAAGAGCCAAUAAGCCCUAAGCAAUAUUUUUUCCAUUAAUAGCUGUGUUUUUUUGAAAUAAUGAAACAUUCUUGCUUAACAAUCCUGCUUAAAAGUAUAAUAAACAUUUCCUAAGCUUUAAAAAAUCGCUUCUAUUGGAGACAUUUCCACCUCUGCGGCGUCCUCUCAGGUUUAACUGUGCUAUAGGCGUGGAAGAUGUUUUUGCAUACUUUAAAACGCUGAAACUUACAAUAUGUAGAUCAGACAAUCAUAUAAUACCGCCAACUAUCUGCGUCUCACUGCUAUCAGAGGCACACUGCUCAGCCCAAUCAGCUCUUACUUCUGCCCUGCCUCUAAACCCAUACAUCACCCAGUGCACCUCUCAAACUACUCCUCCUAUAUUUUUGGGCUUUUUUUAUAUUUGAGCUGAGGAUGUUAAGUCAGUUAAAAUCAGAAGGUUUAGCGGCCCUUUAAAAAUGGUUCUCUCACAUAAAGAAUUAUUAUUACAACAAACUAAUAUUAAUACACUGCCUGUAGCCCGAUACACAGUUUUACAGUAGGUUUGAGAAGAUAUUGGGUCUAAAACAUGUUCUUAAAAUUAAACAUAAUCAAAAACAAACACAUGCAGGGUGUGUAUACACAAAUAAUAGUCCACUAAGACAAAGUAUUUGUUUAGGCCCGCCCACACUUAUAUUAUAUAGAUAUUUUUAAUAAAAACAGUAACGUUAAUGUCUAAACACAAGUUUCAUUGUUUACAGCAGCUUACCUUUACUGUUAGUAGAGUAGUAGAGCUGUGUUGUUUUUGGUUCAUCAGCUGAUAUGGAAGAAGUCUGUGGGUUUUAAAGUCUAGUCGUAGAAGUUUUCACAGGUGUAAACACUCGUGCUGUGGCUGAAUGAGAUAAUAUAUGUACCGGUAAUAGAAACGCUGAGCUACGAGGCUGGAUAUAGAAGAAAUAGCAGUUCAGCCUGUUAAAGUCAGGUGGUAUUUAUCAGUGUUAUUAACAGAUGAUAAUUAAUCCAAAGUAGAGUCUCUGUAAUCCUUCCUCAGCUUGUCUGGAGGAGCUAUUUCCUCAUUUUACUUCUGUUUUAAUGUUGUAUUGCUUUAAAUAAUAUAAAGGCCAGUUUGUUUAUACUAGUUUCACUGCACAGCUCACAGUAACACUACCUUAAACAUGGCGCUAUGGUGACGUUACGCAUAGUAAACGUGACUGACACGUGACUGACAACAACCAAUAGUUUGCGUGUAACCGAGGGUCUAAAGCAGGGGUGUCCAAACUACGGCCCGCGGGCCAUUUGCGGCCCAUUUCCUUUUUUGGAGCGGCUCGCGAGGUAUUUUAGAAAUAGAAUAAAAGUUGGCCCGCUGUUAAGCAGGUUUUUAUAAUGUGAGAUUCAAAGUUUGAACGCUAGGUGUCAGAAACGGGCCAAAGAGUCUAAAAGGGGAGAGGGUGCGCAUUUCUAGCGCAGAAAAACGGGUCAAAGAGUCUAAAAGCGGAGAGAGUGCGCAUUUCUAGCGCAGAAAAACGGGCCAAAGAGUCAAAAAGUGGAGAGAGUGCGCAUUUCUUGCACAGAAAAACGGGCCAAAGAGUCUAAAAGCGGAGAGAGUGCGCAUUUAUAGCGCAGAAAAACGGGCCAGAGUCUAAAAGUUGCCGUAAUUAAGGAGUUUAAUAUUAAGAGACAUCAUGCCAUUAAACAUCAAUUUAAAAAAUCUUAAUUUACACAACACUGUCAAAGAUAGAUAAAGAUAGUAAGUCAAGUAAAAUGGUGUGUAAAUGAAAGUAAUCAGGUAAAUGUAUUAUUUAAAGUGGUAUAUUUCAUUAUUUGUUUUAUUAGAGUCUGUGGCCCGUGACUUCAAAUAUAUUUCUCCUUCUGGCCCCCAACAAAAAAAGUUUGGACACCCCUGGUCUAAAGGAUAGCUGCAUCACCUGAGUCUUUAAAAUCACUCUGAAUAUAGGCGGCAUAUUUAGGCUGUAUAGCUACAGAGAGCCUUCAGGCUUUGGGACACAGCUAACAACAGAAAAAAUGGCAAAUAACAAUUUAACUACAGCAGCAGCAAAAAAAAAAAAUAAUAAUAAUAAUUGCCACCAAUUAAAAAAGGUCACACAAAUAUUUAGUUGUAGCACCUUUAUCUUUGAUUAGGGCACACAUUCACUGAGCAUUGUUUCAAUAAGCUUCGAAAACGUUAGGAGAUUUAUUUCAAUCCAGUGUUUCCAUUAAUUCCAUUUAUUUUUUACCAAGAUCUUGCAGCAUUGAUGAUGGUUGAGUCUGACCGCUGCACAAAGUCUUCUCCAGCACAUCCCAAAGAUUCUUACUGAGGUUAAGAUCUGGACUCUGUGGUGAACUCUCUCAAUCCAUGUGUGAAAAUGAUGAUCUCAUGCUCCCUGAAUUACUCUUUCACAAUUCCAGCCCCAUGAAUCCUGACAUUGUCAUCUUGGAAUAUGCUCGUGUCAUCAGAGAAGAAAAAAUCCAUUGAUGGAAUAACCUGGUCUAUAUUCAGUAUAUUCAGGUAUUGAGGUCAGCUGACCUCAUUCUUUCAGCACAUACUGUUGCUGAACCUAAACCUGCAGACCAACUGCAGCAUCAACCCCACAUCAUUUACUCAGUUAAAUCCAAGUGGAGACUGUUUUUUUUUUUUUUUUUUUGGUCAAGCAGAGUACGUCAGCAUAGCAAACAUACUAGUACACAACUUGCCAAAACCCACACUAUUUAAAUUAAAAUAGAACAUUAUAGUAUUAGUGUGUAGUACUCAAUUGAGACACAGCCCCUACUCCUGGUAGAGUAGAGAAAUCAGCAGUCAAAUCAAACUGUGCUGGACUCUCUCCCCUGUUACCCACCCCUGACUUAUCUUGCUAGAAUAAAUUUCCCCACCCAAGCCCAAUAACGAUAAAACCACUGCCAAAGCUCGCUCCAGCCAAGCGAGAGCACUGAGAGACUGAACCCAAGUCAUGCAGAGGAAAUGUAUGGAGGAUUUGGGCCUGUGGAUUUUGUCUCAUGGCUUAUAUAUGGAAAACUCUGUGCUCCAAAAUCUCUCCAUCUGCAUUCUGUUUAUCAAAAAAUAAAAUCCCCACUGUCAGUAAUACCUGUGUUUAAAAGCCAAGGUUUGUAAGUGAUGAUGUUCUCCUGGUCUUCUGUGCAAUGUGUAUGAUCUUGCUGUCUCUUGUAUUGUACGUAUGAAUGCAAUGCAAACCACUGUAGUGUAACCCUCUUAUAUAAUAAUAAAGAAAACACAAUUUUCUGAUUAUUACACUA